AUGAGUAGUAAUCCAUAUGAUAUAAAUACAGAUCAAUUAAAACUACCACAUAGAGCAAAUACACCAUCACUAAAGUUUUGUUCAAAAACAAUUGAAGAAACAGCAUCAGAAUUAAAUACUGAUAUAAAAUUAGGUUUAACAAAUAAUCAAGAUGUUUUAAAUCGAAAAUCUAUAUAUGGAUCAAAUGAAUUAAAUAAUAAAGAAGAAGAAAGUUUAAUAUGGAAAUUUAUACAAUCAUUUUAUCAAGAUCCUUUAAUUUUAUUAUUAAUUGGUUCUGCAAUAAUAAGUUUUUGGAUGGGUAAUAAAGAUGAUGCAAUAAGUAUAACAUUAGCAAUUACAAUAGUUGUUACAGUGGGGUUUGUACAAGAAUAUAGAUCUGAAAAAUCAUUAGAAGCUUUGAAUAAAUUAGUACCAGCAGAAGCAAAAUUAACAAGAAAUGGAAAUACUUCACAUGUAUUAGCUUCAACUUUAAUACCUGGAGAUUUAGUUCAUUUUUCUCAAGGUGAUAGAAUUCCAGCAGAUAUAAGGUUAACUAAUGCAGUAUAUUUAACAAUUGAUGAAAGUAAUUUAACUGGAGAAAAUAGACCUGUUAAAAAAACAACUGAUAUUGUUACAAUGAAAGAUCCUGGUGUAACUGAUAGAACAGAUAUAGCAUAUAUGGGUACAUUAGUAAGAGAUGGACAUGGAAGUGGGAUAGUUGUUGGAACAGGUGCACAAACUGUAUUUGGUACAGUAUUUGAAAUGAUGAGUGAAAUUGAAAAACCAAAAACUCCAUUACAACAAGCAAUGGAUAAAUUAGGUAAAGAUUUAAGUGUUUUCAGUUUUAUAAUUAUUGGUAUAAUAUGUUUAAUUGGUAUUUUCCAAGGUAGAUCAUGGUUAGAUAUGUUUCAAAUUUCAGUAUCUUUAGCAGUUGCUGCAAUACCUGAGGGAUUACCAAUUAUAGUUACAGUUACAUUAGCUUUAGGGGUGCUAAGAAUGGCAAAACAAAAAGCAAUUGUAAAAAGAUUGCCAAGUGUUGAAACUUUAGGAAGUGUUAAUGUUAUAUGUUCAGAUAAAACAGGAACUUUAACUCAAAAUCAUAUGACAGUUACCAAGAUAUGGACAACUGAUUUUAAAGGAAGUUUUAAUACUCCAUUUCUUAUAGUUGAAAGAUUAGAUGAUAAUACUUUACAUCAUCAAUUAACUGAUAAUAUUAAAAAAGUAUUAGAAUGUGGGAAUAUAUGUAAUAAUGCAAGAUAUUCAACUGAAAAUGAAAAAUAUGUUGGAAAUCCAAGUGAUAUAGCCCUUGUUGAAUGUUUACCACAUUUUGGUUUAGAAGAUAUUAGAGGUCAAACUGAAAGAAUUUAUGAAUUACCUUUUUCAUCAAAUAGAAAAUAUAUGGCAGUUUGUGUUCAUAGUGGAGAUAUGAAUAAAUCAGAAACUUUUGCAAAAGGAGCAACUGAAAGAAUUUUAAAUCAAUGUACUAAAUAUUUUGAUGAACAGGGGAAUAUAAAACCAUUAACUGAAGAAAUAGAAAAUCAAAUUCAUGAAAAAUCAAAAACGUUAGCAAAUGAUGGGUUACGAGUAUUAGCAUUUGCUCAAAAUAAUAAAAAAUUUAUAAAUGAAAAAGAUGAAAAUAGUCAACCACAAGAGCUUAUAUUUAGUGGAUUAAUUGGAAUGAAAGAUCCUCCAAGACCAAAUGUAAAUAAAGCAAUUUCAAUGUUAAUGAAUGGUGGAGUACAUGUUAUUAUGAUUACUGGUGAUUCACCUUCUACAGCAAUGAAUAUUGCAAAACAAAUUGGAAUGCCAAUAACUGGAGAUCAUUCAGUAAUGACAAGUGAUCAAUUAGAAUCUUUAAAAGAAGGUAGUGAUGCAUUAUCUGAAGCAAUUCAUAAUGUUUCUGUUUUUGCAAGAACAACUCCAGAAGAUAAAGUAACUAUUGUAAAAGCUUUACAAAGAAGAGGUGAUAUAGUUGCAAUGACAGGAGAUGGAGUUAAUGAUGCACCAGCAUUAAAAUUAGCAGAUAUUGGAAUAGCAAUGGGAAAAAAUGGUACUGAUGUUGCAAAAGAAGCAGCAGAUAUGGUAUUAACAGAUGAUGAUUUUAGUACUAUAUUAAGUGCAAUUGAAGAAGGUAAAGGAAUUUUCCAUAAUAUUCAAAAUUUUAUAACUUUUCAAUUAAGUACUUCAAUAGCUGCAUUAACUUUAAUUGCAUUAUCAACAUUUUUUGGUUUACCAAAUCCUUUAAAUGCAAUGCAAAUUUUAUGGAUUAAUAUAUUAAUGGAUGGUCCACCUGCACAAUCUUUAGGAGUUGAACCUGUUGAUCAUGAAGUAAUGAAUAAACCACCUCGUAAAAGAAAUGAUAAAAUUUUAACAAAUUCAUUAAUUAAAAGAGUUUUACAAUCAGCUUGCAUUAUUAUAUUGGGAACAUUGUAUAUAUUUAUAAAAGAAAUGAAAGAUGGUGAAGUAACAGCAAGAGAUACAACAAUGACUUUUACAUGUUUUGUAUUUUUUGAUAUGUUUAAUGCCUUAUCAUGUAGAUCAUAUACAAAAUCAAUUUUUACAAUGGGAUUAAAUAAUCAAAUGUUUAAUUUUGCCGUGUUGGGUUCAAUAAUUGGACAAUUUUGUGCUAUAUAUAUUCCUUUUUUUCAAAGUAUAUUUCAAACUGAAUCAUUAUCAUUUAAUGAUAUUUUACAUUUAAUUAUUUUAACUAGUACUGUUUUUAUUGCUGAUGAAAUAAGGAAAUUUUUAUUAAGAAGAAAGACAAUAACAACUAAUAAUUAUAAUUAUGGUGUGUAA